AUGCAUCGCAGCGAAGAUGAUUCGCCGCCUUAUGUCAACCUCUAUCGCGCAGGCCCAUACAGCUCAUCGAUAGCUUCGUCCGCCUCGUCCUCCUCCGCCUCGGUCUGGUCGGAUGCCGCAUCCCAAACAUCCGACGACUCUUCAGUUACGAGCGCAUCCGAACAAGAAAUACCAGACGUAUGCUGCCCACCAUCCUUUGCCGCAGCCAGCAGCGCCUGCGAACAAGGUCCCUCGGUCGCCACAUACUGGCCGAAGAAACGAGUCCCAGCAGAAGUCGCUCCAGAACAACGACAGCACCCGAGAAGAACCAGUGGCGCAUCCCAAACAAGAUGUCCACCACCUUUGGUCCGUCAAAGUGACCGAAAGGUUAAUUUCGUCGACAGCCUCGUCGAUUCUUCAGCGCAAAUAGUGGAAGCUAUUUGGCCCCUUUCCUCGGUCGUCUGCAGAAGCGACAUGGGGAACAAAGGGGUUCUUCCGCUCCGCACAUUCAUUCAAGAGACUCUCAGAAGAUCAAGGACAAGUUACUCGACCCUGCAGGUGGCCUUGUACUACCUGAUCUUGAUCAAGCCGCAUGUGCCCAAACAUGAUUUUACCAUGGAACAGCCCGACGAUGCCCACUCGAUCCGCGCGUUGCAGUGCGGUCGGCGCAUGUUCCUUUCCGCUCUUAUUCUUGCCUCCAAGUAUCUUCAAGACCGUAACUACUCUGCCCGCGCGUGGAGUAAGAUUUCAGGUUUGAACACUUUGGAGAUUAACCAAAACGAGAUGGCCUUCCUUCUUGCCGUCAAUUGGGAAUUACAUAUUACAGAUGCCGUGUUCCAACGUUGGACCGACAUCGUCCUUAAAUACACACCAAACCAGCCACCAUCGCCAGGCUCAUCAUGUGCCCGCAUCGCUGAACAAUCAGCAACUUGGAAAGAUAUCAUCUUGCGCCUGAAUACUCAAUUGGAUAACAUCGAGGAAAUGCGAACUCCAACAUCUGCCAAGGCAAAUGUCACAUCUAUCAGUGUCGCCAGCCCACGAUCAUUAACCCCAAUGACGGUGGAUUGCAACACUUUUGGAUAUGGUUCCAAUGAUUCAACACCAACGCCAAAGUAUUAUACUCCAAACGUUCUGGAACCAUCACCUUCCUCGCUUUAUCCUCCAACAAAGGUCGCACCCGCUCUUGGCCUGCUACCAACGCCAAGAUUGACCCCGCAAAGUUCUGGUUUCAACACUCCUGCAGUGAGUGCGGCAAACUAUAUGCUUUCUGGCAAGUCAUCCAUGUGCCUGGCCAUGUCCCAAGCUUCCAACGUCUGCAACUCUCAACUAUCCGAGAGAUGGCAAACUUCUUCACCACAAUCUUACGUUUCAUGCCGACGUUCUUCAUUGGCAAACUCAGUCUCAUCCAUGUCAUCGCCCGAGUCUAUGGUCUCUGAUACCUCGUCACGAUCAUCCCGUUCUUCAUCUAUCUCAUCAGCGUCAUCUCUGAUGGCCGCGCCGACCUCAUCCAAAUCUUUGGAUGUCCAGGCGCGCUGUCGAUAUGCGAAGCUGUGCAGUGAGAGACAGAACAGAACCUUCAUUGCGACGGUUCCAGAGUACUGUGACAAUGGCCCUACAUCAUCGCCAGAAUCUUACACUGCCCCAGUUGGCAAGGACUUUCUCGAUCUGUCACUGGAUACUCCAUUGGCGAGAAGAGAAUUGGAUUUGGAUGUCUACUCCAAGGAUGAGGAAGCGGCUCGUGCGCUUCAAGAUCUCCACAACCAUCCUCGAUCAUCCGACUCGCCAACUCGUGGUUCCAAACGUAGUCGACCACAAUCAAUGGACAACACUCUUCAAGAGAAUGUUCGAGAGAUGUUGACUCGUCCAACCGAAGAUAACUGGUCUGAUGAAUUCAUCAGGGCCCGUGCUAUGCAAGCCAGUGCCGGACUUCAAGUGCCAAUUCAGUCUACCAAUACACGAAAACGUGUGUGCUGUGCGUCGGAAGCGAAAAGAAGCUAUCCACAAUCAAAUACCAUCCAUCCAGCGUUCGGUGGCAUUGGUGGCCCCGGAAUGUGGAGUGGAAUACUUAAUUAA